AUGGCCACCAACAAAGCCGCCGUCAUAGCUUGGGGUUCUGGUGAAGACGGCCAGUUAGGAAUAGGCAACAAUGAAGAGAGAGAAUGGGUUUGCACCAUCACCUCCCUCCGCUCCCAAAACGUCUGCUCCGUCGUCGCCGGAAGCCGCAACUCUCUUGCCAUUUGUGAAGAUGGCAAGCUGUUCACAUGGGGCUGGAACCAAAGGGGGACGCUAGGGCAUCCGCCAGAAACGAAAACCGAGAAUGUUCCUAGUCAAGUUAAGGCUCUUGCCAAUGUCAAAAUCGUUCAGGCUGCUAUUGGUGGUUGGCACUGCUUGGCUGUUGAUGAUCAGGGUCGAGCUUAUGCUUGGGGUGGUAAUGAGUAUGGACAGUGUGGUGAAGAGCCUGAGCGUAAGGAUGAUACAGGCAGACCAGUUAGAAGGGAUAUUGUCAUUCCACAGAGAUGUGUACCCAAACUUUCAGUUCGUCAGGUAGCUGCUGGUGGCACACAUUCAGUUGUUUUAACAAGAGAAGGCCAUGUAUGGACAUGGGGCCAGCCGUGGCCCCCUGGAGAUAUAAAACAAAUUUCCACUCCGGUUAGAGUCCAAGGCCUUGAUAACGUGAAAGUGAUUGCAGUUGGAGCUUUUCAUAACUUGGCUCUGCUUGAUGACGGAACUGUAAUGGCAUGGGGGAAUAAUGAGUACGGUCAACUUGGUACUGGUGAUACCCAGCCUAGAUCGCAGCCUAUUGCAGUCCAGGGUCUCUCAGAUCUGAAAAUGGUUGAUAUUGCUGCAGGGGGAUGGCAUUCUACUGCAAUGACUGAUGAUGGAGAGGUUUACGGUUGGGGAAGAGGGGAACAUGGGAGGCUUGGGUUCGGGGAUGACAAGAGCAGCAAAAUGGUUCCUCAAAAGGUUCAACUUCUGGUAGGCGAGGAGAUUGUGCAGGUUUCAUGUGGAGGCACCCACUCCGUAGCAUUAACACGCGAUGGUCGCAUGUACUCUUUUGGGAGAGGGGACCAUGGGCGCUUGGGGUACGGGAGGAAGGUAACAACAGGGCAUCCUGCUGAGGUUCCUAUAAACAUCCUCCCACCUCCUAAGGCUCUUGAUGGGGCUGAUGCUGAGGGUCGUUGGUGUGCUACGCUCGUUGCCUGUGGGGGCCGCCACACGCUAGCAGUUGUCGAAUGGCGUGAUCAUGAAUUCUAA